GUAGGGGUAGGGCCUUUCUCUGGCAACUUAGGCAACUAUAAUAUUGCAGUUUGAUCGUUUAAUCUGGGGACACCCUAUAUACGUAUUACGUAUAUGCGAAUCUCGUAUAAAAGCUAACCCUUCUCACGGUGUACUCCAGUCGCUCCAGUCUGCACAAAUCUAAACUAGGUGUCAUGUACAGUAAUGUAUUUACCCACGGAUAGGUGCAACAGAAUGACGGGAAAUGUAAAACAGAGAAAUGCACUGAGUCUCUAAAUCUGUUAAAAUAAUCAUGGAGGACAUCAACGACAAAUUUUUUUACGUAUACAGUUGUUCAUUAGACACAAGAAUACAAAUUAAAAUAGGAACAUUAGAUGGUAAAAGACAAAGACCAGAAUAUGAUAAAUUACUUAUUGACCCAAUGCUAAAAUAUUCUGGAUUAUACGGUAUCAACGGAGGCUGUGGGGAUUUAUCAGCUUCCUUACAAGUAUGGGCAGGUGGAAGACCACUGGCCUUGCCUGUGCAUACGGCUUACAAACAUUUUACGUCACGUUGGAAUUGGAAUCAAUGGGUAACUCUUCCUAUUUCUUAUUCUGAUCUACCGCGGGAUGCUCAAUUAUGCAUAAGCUUAUAUGAUUGUGCUGGGCCUGGUAGACAACUACCAGUUGGUGGAACAACAAUAUCUUUAUUUGGAAAGCAUGGAGUGUUCCGUCAAGGAAUGUUAGACCUCAGAGUGUGGCCUGGGGUAGAAGCGGAUGGAAGUAUUCAAAGUAGUACACCAGGAAAAACUAGAGAUCAUGGAAAAGAACAAAUGCAAAGAUUAGCAAAGCUUGUUAAGAAACACAGGAAUGGGCAAAUGAAUAAAGUUGAUUGGUUGGAUAGAUUAACAUUCCGAGAGAUUGAAUUAAUUAAUGAGAGGGAGAAAAGGGCAUCUGAAUACUUGUACUUAAUGAUUGAGUUUCCAGAAGUAACUAUGGAUGGCAUAUUGUAUUCCAUAGUAUAUUAUGAAAAAGAUGGAGACGAAGUUGUUCAACACAGAUCACAACCAGAUGUUGUGACUUUACCAGAUUAUGAAAUUUUACAAGAAAAUCUUGUAGAAGCGAAACAUCAUAAAUUGGCUCGUAGUUUACGUAGCGGCGGUCAUACCCGAGAGUUAAAGCCAACUUCGAAUGUCCGCGACGCUCUAAAUAUAAUCUUAAGUUAUCCACCAACGACGGCUCUCUCUACAGAAGAACAAGACCUUAUUUGGAAAUAUAGGUUUUAUUUAUCAAAUCAGAAGAAAGCUUUGACGAAAUUUGUAAAAUGUGUAAAUUGGAAAGUUGCCGGUGAAGAACGACAAGCGCUGGAAAUGUUAGCGUUAUGGGCACCACCAGAUCCCGAAGACGCAUUGGAGCUACUCGGUCCUGCGUUUACGCAUCCAGCCGUGAGAAGAUACGCUAUCGCUCGAUUAAAUCAAGCGCCAGACGAUGACUUAAUGUUGUACCUGUUACAAUUGGUACAAGCUUUAAAAUAUGAGAAUUUUGAGAGUAUCAAAAAAGCGUAUCAAAUAUUAAUGAAAGAAAAAGAGACAGAAAAAGUGGAAAAAUUAGAAAAGGACAUACAGAUCAACGACUCCUCAUCUAUAGCUGUAACAACUUCCAGUGAGUCGGAAAGCGGACAGUUCACACAAGGACAAAAUUCUCUCAUGGAUCUAACUUCUUUUCUUAUUACCCGUGCAUGUCAGAAUACGACAUUAGCCAACUAUUUUUACUGGUAUCUUUCGAUUGAAUGCGAAGAUCAAAGCGAUCCGUCUAUAAGCGCGAAACAGGACACGCGUGUCAAAGAAAUGUACAAUACUGUGAUGUUAAUGUUCUCGACGAUGCUGGCACAGGGAAAUGCCGUUUGGCAAAAAAGAAGAGCGUUUCUCAAGCGCCAAAAGAUGUUCAUUGAUCAGUUAGUAGCAUUGGUGAAAGUAGUCGCACGAGAAAGCGGGAAUCGGAAAAAGAAAACCGACCGUCUUCGGACGUUAUUGACAGAGCCAGACCCAGCGUUCAAAAUUAAUUUUUCCAACUUUGAACCAAUACCAUUUCCAUUAGAUCCAGAAAUUUGUAUCAAAGGAAUUAUUCCGGAAAAGGCCAGUCUUUUUAAAUCUGCUCUUAUGCCAUCUAAAUUAACAUUUUUAACGAUAGACAAUAGCGAAUAUAUUGCUAUAUUCAAACACGGUGAUGACCUCAGACAAGAUCAAUUGAUUUUACAAACGAUCGCACUCAUGGAUAAAUUAUUAAGAAGAGAAAAUUUAGAUUUAAAACUUACUCCUUACAGGGUACAGGCGACAAGUACUAGGCACGGUUUUUUGCAAUUUAUUGAAUCUACAACAGUUGCGGAAGUUCUAGCCAGUGAAGGUUCCAUACUAAGUUUUUUCCGAAAACAUCAUCCGUCUGAAAAUGGUCCUUACGGUGUUUCGCCAGAAGUUAUGGAUACGUAUGUUCGAAGUUGUGCUGGCUACUGUAUCAUAACAUAUGUACUUGGUGUUGGUGACCGACAUUUAGAUAAUUUAUUAUUAACAACAUCAGGUAAACUCUUUCAUAUAGAUUUCGGUUAUAUUUUGGGCAGGGAUCCAAAACCUUUGCCACCACCAAUGAAAUUGAGUAAAGAAAUGGUCGAAGCUAUGGGAGGUGUAGGCUCGGAACAUUAUCAUGAAUUUCGAAAACAGUGUUACACUGCGUUCCUGCAUUUACGAAGGCACGCAAAUUUGAUACUAAAUUUAUUCUCGUUAAUGGUCGAUGCCAGCGUGCCAGACAUCGCGCUGGAACCAGAUAAAGCCGUUAAAAAAGUACAAGACAAACUGCGCUUAGAUUUGAGCGACGAAGAAGCGGUUCAUUAUGUACAUAAUCUUUUGGACUUAUCAGUAACAGCCGUCAUGGCAGUAUUAGUGGAACAAUUACACAAGUUCGCACAAUACUGGCGUAAAUAA